CACUGAAGUGGUACCGUGCCAAGUGUAAUAUUCAGGCUGAGGUGGAGGAGAUGCAGGAAGAGCAGCGCUCUUUGUCCUCAAUAGAGACUGUCUCAGUAUUGCAGCUCUUCAGGGAUCCGUCUGUUCGCUGGCAGAUUGUUACAGUCCUUGUGGUCAACGCUGGGAUGCAGCUGUCUGGAAUCGAUGCGAUCUGGUUCUACACCAAUGCCAUCUUUGAGAAUGCGGGCAUUCCUGCUCAUCAGAUUCAGUACACAACCGUGGGCACUGGAGCCAUAGAGGUCAUCGCUGGACUCAUAGGGUGCUUUACUAUUGAGCGCGUGGGUAGGAGGCCUCUGAUGGUUGGUGGCUUCAGCUUUAUGGGCAUCUGCUGUGCUGGAAUCACUUUCUCCCUACUAUUACAGAGGGGACAGGGGGUUUUGGACGAUCUAGUGCGCAUCACCCUCCUCACCAGUGAGCAGCAGUUGAGUAACACCAAAAAGCAGGCUGUCCAUACGGUCAUGGGCAUCUGGAUGGUGUCGUUCAUUCUGUCCACCUUGCCCGCUGUGGGCUGGCAUGAUACCACAGAGCGCUUUUACACCCACGACAAUUGUCGCUUCAUUGUGACCGAGAUUGGCUUGGGCUUCGGCGUCUGCUUCCUGCUGCUGAUCAGCGGGAGUGUGGUGAUGGGCGUCAUCUGUAUUGGAAUUGCCCUCUUCCAGACCUUUUCCAUCCAGAUGGGUCAAAACGUGGACAAGAACAAAUUUAACGUGCCCACCAUUGUAGUGGAGGAUGCCCAGGGCAAGAGGCGUUCAUCCAUCGACGGCUCAGAGCCCAUUAAGACGUCGCUGCAGAUCACCUAUCUGAUCAGUGGAAUCGUCUUCAUUUACGACUUUCUAACUGGAUUCCCCAUAUUGGUGGUGAGCUUUGCCAGCCUGAAAUUUGACCGCUCCUACAGCUGGAUGGUCCUGUGUGUCCUCUGGUGCUCCAUAGCUCAAUCAAUCCUGCUCCCCAUGUUCCUGUGGGCUUGCGACCGCUACAGAGCAGACGUCAAGAUGGUCUGGGAGAAAUGUGUAGCCAUCAUGUCCAAUGAUGAAGUGGACGAAGACGGUUUGCCUUGUGUAACACAACUCAGUUUUCUCAGAACAAUGUGGAAUGUGCCCCCUACAAGAAGAUACUCCCACGACGAAACCGACAUGUGGACCACCGGUCAGAUCCCGUCUUACCUGCAUCGCUGGGGCUCCACAGAGGACAUCAUUGGCAUCCCGCAAUACAGCUCGCCGCGCCACGAGAGACGUCGGAGCAGCCCUGCGUCCUACCACGAGGAGAGCCACCCACACCGCAAAAGGAGGCGAUCCGAGGACAUGCCUUCGCUCAAGCAGAUUCCACGAGUCGAGCGUUAUGAGGGCGAUUUCAAGUGCUUUAGCCGCGACGAAGUGAUUCACUUCAUUGAUGAGACGCCACUUGCUAGUCCAAUGAGAAGCCCGCGGCGAGCCUCUGCAUUCUCUCUGGUUCCAGAGACGUUCGAGCAGCACGUUAUUUUGUUGCCACAUUUCCCGCUCACGCACUUUGAGCGCGAGCCUCAAGCUUUGAGACGCUGCUCUGAGCACAGCAAAGGAGCCACGCCAGGCGAGAUCCCUCAGGAUCUGCAGAGAAAGGCGAAGGACGGGAACGACUGCAGGAGCGGCGGUGGCGAAGGCUCGGGCAUCAAGCGAUGCCCUGAGCACAGGCAUGAUGCCAAGCGUGCAUCAGAGCUUGUUCCUUUGGGACAGGGUGCACGGACAGGGGAUCAGUCGUAUUCAAGUAUUAGGACAGGACAGGCAGAUGCAUCUCCUUGUGUGGACCAGAAGCACCUGCCUAAAGGGGAAAGCAAAGGAAGCACAAAUAGUUUUAUAAGCUCACAAUCUGCAUCGUCAGGCUAUAUGACAUCCAUAGGAUCCACGAACUAAGCAACAGUUUUAUGAGUAUUUUCAAGUAGUUCAAGUAGAUAUGCUUAUUAGUGUUAAAGCUUUGACUAAGUGGGAUGUUUUUGUUAACUAGGAACUGGGAUUUUUGAGAUGUGAUGGAUUCGAAAUGGCAUAAGGACAUCAUCAGUGUUUUUUUUUAUGUUGCUGAUACAGGGCUGGAUGAUGGGGUCAGUGGGCCUCCAAGGCAAGGGAAGCUGAGCAGCAGAUAAGUGUCCUAAGCUCAGCACUUACAGUUGGAAAUGAGCACUAGGCCUUCUGCUCAUACACAGGAACUUUUUACUGAGGCCCAUGACAGUUUUCAGCUUUUAUGUUUCAAUGAGGAUUUAGUAUUCUGGUCAAAAUACUGCCUUUCUUGACUAAGGAAUAAGGGGCCAUUCCAUCACUUUGUGUAGAUCUACAUAUAAUAUAAUAUAUAUAUAUAUACAUUUCCCCCUGAAGUAGGGCUGGGAGUUCAUAAAUACUUUUAAAAUUUCCAACAUACUUUCAUGCUUAAAUAUGUCUUUGAUGCUUA